UCAGAUUGAGUUCUAUAUAAUAAAACAUAACUUAAGAAUUUUCAUUUUUUACGUAUGAUGGAGGAGGUAGAUAAUAUAAUUAUUCAUUCGUUACGUCAAAUAGGCUGUGGUAUAAAAGAAGAAGUAACAAAUUUAAGCGGUUUUGACACAGAGACUGUAGUAGAAGCAACGGUAAAAUGCUUAGAUACUAUAAGGCCAGGACUUGGAUUACAUACUACUUUGCCACCAAACAUGGCUGCACGUUUUCGUUUAGGCGCAACAUUAGCACAAGCAUGCAUGGACCUUGGAUACAAAGGUGAUAUUGGUUAUCAGACAUUUCUCUAUAGUUCGGAAAAUGAUUUAAGAAGGGUUUUAAUGUUUUUGAUUGAAAAAUUACCUAAGGAAAGUGAUAAGACUUUAAGCGAACCAACCAGUGAAAUCGCUUUGCUAGAAAAAUCUAUAGCAUCGGUUAUAUCACAAAGUUUUUCAAUACCAUGGUUACCACAUUUUUGCCACAAAAAGGGAUUCAGAAACAGAGGAAGGGCAAGUGUACCUUAUGCAUCUGUAAAUAUAGAAGUACCAGUAUCUGAUGUAGAAGAAGAGUAUCAGAAUUACUAUUUACAUUAUAUGCAGCCAGUGCCUAAUCAAAUGCAAACUCAACAAUGUUUUCUACCUUCUAUUCUUUCGCACAAUGCAAGAGCAAUUCAUUCGCAAUCGAUAAAUAUUAGAGAACGUAUUGACUGGUUGAAUGCCCAACAAGAAAAAAUGAUACAUGUAUCAAAUCACAAUCAAUCAUUUAAUAGAGUUACUCUAAAAGAAUCAACAAUAUCUAAGAAUUCUCAAUUGAGUGAGGCUGAUGUUACAACAACCGAUGUUACAACAGCUGAUGUUAUUCAACAAGAAUUUAUUUCUAAGAAAGAAGAGAUACAAGACUUGCAAGUUGAAAAAAUAAAAGAAGAAUGUGAAAAUUUUAAGCAUGAUAUAGAUAGUUUACAAGAAGAAAUUAAAAAGUUAACAGUAAAAGCAACUCAAGUAUCUAUGACUUAUCAAAAUGAGGAAAAGGCAUUAAAAAUUAAUGAAGAACAAAAGAAACUUAAAGCAAGAGCUUAUGAUUUAUAUCAAGAUGGAGAACAAAAUAUACGUAAGCUGGAAGCUACUAUUGAAGCUAUCACAAAUGAAUUAUUACAUUUAGCUAAUCAAUGGGAAAAGUAUAGAAUAUCAUUAAUUCAAGAUUAUCGAGAAGAAAGAGAGAAACAUUCCACAAAAGCAAGCGUAAGCCAAAAGAAGCAGGAUGAAAUUAAAUUACUCAAAGAAAAAGAGAAAGAACUUAAAGAAGAACAUAGGAACAAAAAGCAAUUGUUCUCGCAAUUAGUGGUAGAAGUACAGAAACUUCCGAAAGAAGUUAACAGAUCGGCAUACACUCAACGAAUUUUAGAAAUAAUAAAUAAUGUCAGAAAACAGAGAGACGAAAUUAAUAAAGUUUUGGCAGAUACUCGUGAAAUUCAAAAAGAAAUUAAUACUCUUACUGGACGCUUAGAAAGAUCAUUCACAGUAGUAGAUGAAUUAAUAUUCAGAGAUGCAAGGACAAACGAAGCCUCUAGGAAAGCGUACAAAUUAUUGGCGACAUUACAUUCUGAUUGUAGCGAACUUGUAAGUUUGUUCGAAGAAACAGGUGCUACAAUACGUGAAAUAAGAGAUUUGGAAGAACAGAUCGACACAGAAUCUGCUAAGAAUGUUGGUGCAAACCUGGAAAGAAUAACUGCUGAUUUAAAACAAAUGAAGCAAGAAACAGCUGCAUUAACUGCACAACUCCAAAGUCGAAGUUCAUGAUCACAUUCUAUGUGCGAUAAUAAUACAAAUUAUAGCAUACUCAUAAUCACAUAAAAAUACGAAAAACAAUAUUCGAGUGAAUAUUAUUCAUUAAAUACAAGACUAAAUGGACAAAUACUUUUAUAGUUAUACAAGUCUUGUACACAACUUUAAUAAUUUAGUGUUAUUUAUGGAUGUAUUAAUUAUAAAGGAUGCUGUAUAAAUAUGCUGCAAAAAAUGUGCCUCAGCUUGGAGCACUUGAUAUUUAAAUAAUACAGCUUCCAGCUCCAAAUAUACAAUGGAAAACAGUAUGCACAAGUGCUCAAGAAAUGUUGUUACAAAGCCUAAUCUUUUUUUAGUAUAAAGUUCAAUAGUAUAAACUUUCAUAUUCCUUGUAAGCAUAUAGCUUUGAAAAAAAUUCUAAUAAUUCUUUGUAAUAACUGCUGAAAAAAGUUGUUUUUGAAUAAGCAUGUACAAAUGAUAAUACAUACAAAAUGAAAUGUUA